CUACGAUGAUUUCCGCCUCUCGCUAUUGGUUGCAGUCAAACACGGCCUACUCUCUUUUAUAACGUUGAUGUAAAUUAAUAUUUACUUAUAAAAUAUUCCAAACCGCGUACUAAAGUUCUAUUUGUAUAUCAUUAGAAGGUUAGAAUAUAUUAAUUAGGUGUUUACGAACAAUUCUGAAUUCUGUAAGAUCGAGUGUCCUUUACCCCACAAUUUUGUCUAACGUAAAAAUUGUUAAGCUAGCAGUGAAAAAAAUAUUUUUCGACAUUUCUGCUUAAUAUUUUGUCGAAAAUGAACUGGGUUGGCGGGUCGAGGAACCGGCUUAUGAUGAAAAAUGAUACGAAAAAGCAGCGAGAAUUCUUUGAGAAGAGGAGAAUGCAAAAUAAACUGAAAAACCUGGAUGUUGCCACACCUUCCUCCCCUAAAGUCAGUUCCUUCGCCAGUAUGGACCUUGUGACACUGUUUGUGGUCAACCAGAUAGCUGCAAAGAAAGAGCUUAAAGGCAAAUAUAUAAUACUCAUAAACAAGACUUAGGGUCGAAACAAGCUAUUCUGAGCGUGCUGCUGUACUGUAUGUACACAUGUAUUAAUAGAAUAUUGGUCCUGUUCUAUUAUACUGUGAUGUCUUUCAGAUCCUCCCCAAGUAUCAGUUUUGGGUUCCAAAGGAGGCGGGAAGAGGUGGAAUGGUAACAAACCCUUGGUACUCCCCAUGAGCCCCGGUUCUCCAUCCCAGCUGAGUCUGGUUGAGAGCCAACCUCAGUGCAGAGUUCAAGGUGUUAAGACGAAAAAGAUUCUCCCACAAGCUUUCAAGAUCCCGCCACUGUCACCAGUUGUGGAGUGCUCCUUUUCGGACAACAGCGCGGCCGACUACCUGCCUCCCAUCGCGGAACCCCUCAGCCCCUUCUCGUCCUCGUCCUCCUCCUCAGGGAGAAUCUUUCCGCAGGGACCACAGAGCCAGCCACUUCCCGACUGGUCCCUUACACCAUGGGACACAUCGAGUCUGGAUCAAAACCUGUUUCAGCCGUUCUUUGAGCCCAGAGGGAUCCCAGAAGACAUCGUGUGGUCUUCAAACCCGGCCACACCCUCUGCAGCUUUCUUUGGAACCCCAGAUACACCCACUCACUACCCAAGAUAUGAAGACACCUUCCUGAGCCGUUUGUCUCAAAUUGAGCCCACCCUGGACUUCACUCUAAACCAGACUGGAAACGAGCAUCACUUUGAAGAAGACGUCUUUCCGGGACUUAUUAAUGACGAAUAUGAAAGUGAUGCUUAUCAUUUCGGGAGUGAAAAAACAAAGCCGUAUCUCACGGAUGAAACGUCAAUCCACGCUUCGACCCCACAAACCGUCCCCGAGCCACAGUCAGUUGGAGUACAGCUCCCCAGUUGCAGUCUGAACUUCACAUGUCCGGAAUACCCAAUGAACAUUCGGGGGUGUUCGCAGAGUUCCUUUUGCAAGAGGCCUUACCUGAGUUCAGCCUCCAGUGAUGUUGACGAAUGCUGUUACUCGUCGGGAUUUCCUGAGAGACGAGCGCCACCCGAUAGCCCCGAGAUGUGUGCGUGCAAGAAAACACCCAGCGAAAAAAGGGAUGUAGAAACUCAAACCUUCCACGAGUCCACCUCGGACAAAUCCCAUGUCGCCACUCAGUGUAGCUUGCUCUCAGACACCUUUCCACCCGUUGUGUCGCGACAGCAGGACCCCACCACGGGGUACCUUGGCUGCACAGAAUCUCCUGCAGAGAGAGAAGCAAAGACCGGAGGCGGGCGACCUCUGUGGAGGAAGAAGAAAUCCAACCUUUUAAGCAUUUUGAAUACGAUUCGUCAGCGUCACAGCAGAAUGAGUUCACAGAUGCCCCAUCAGGACAUAUUGAGCAAAAUCAGUAAAUGUAUGCAGCAGAGCCCCCUGGAGAAAGCCCCCCCAGAUGAAGCAAGGGAGGAAAACGCCAUCGCCAUCGGGGCGGAGGAAGAAUCUCUCUGGAAAAUAGCCGACAUUUUGCUCCCGCCCAAGCAGAGGAAGGAAGUCGAAUGAGAAGGGAAGGAAAAAGAUUCUUCAGCUGCAGUUCUGUCUGGUGGAGGGCGAAUUGGGUGAGUCCUGAACGGCGGCGUCAAGUACGGGAGGAAAAGUUUGCGUUGUCGUCGCAGCGGUUGCCAAACGUCGGAGAGAGAAACGAACACGCGGUGUUGAGUGGGGCAACAGUUUAAUUUAUUUUCGGUGACGCAAAACAAUUCAACUUCCUAAAUACACCUUCCCAUAUAUUGCACACGUGUACGUUUCCUAAUUGCCGUGUUAUCUCCUGUCACCGUGUUUGCGUGCGCAUGUCUGCGGAGUUGUGGCAGGUUGACUGAUUAAAAAACAAUCAGAUGAAAUGCUAAUAAAAGUGCCGUGAGAGGUUCCACAAACAAGUGGCAACUCAAAUCAAAAAGUGGCGGUGAUUUGUUUUUUUUUUUUUUCCAUUCCAGUCGUUCGUCGCCACGUAAUUAUCCAAAGUUGCGCCUUCCGCAAAGUCAACGUUAAGUGCCUGCAUGGAAGCCUUUCUAAAACGAUUCUCAACUUUUGAACAGAAACCCAAACAUCUUCGGUAUACAACAAAAACAAAAGGACUUGACCUUGCUGUUCCAAUACGUUUGGAGACGGCUGUACGUGAGACACAAAAGACGGCUACAGUGAAGAAGCAUUUGAAAAA